UCCCUACUACCACUGAUGAUCCAAUUGUAGUGAAGACCACUACAAGUGGUAUCAGAGCGCUACGAUGGCCGCUGCAACAUCUAAAGUUUCACGAAUAGAAGCAUUAAUUUCAGUAAAAGAAGAUUUUCUUCAAAAGUUACUGAUGGAAAAGCACAACAGAUCGGAGUUUAUUAAAGCUUUUUGUGAUGAUUUUAUUGAAUUAUUCUGGGCUACAUGGAACAACAAUCAUCAGGGCAGAUCAACACCAAUUUUUGACGAUGAAAUCAGUGGCGUAGCUAUUGACUCGCAGGUAGAAACUGAUGUUGAGAAAGUAAUCGAUGAAAAACUUGAAGGAGUUCCUGUUGAUUUGAAUUCAGCUAGUAAUUUCACUCAACAAUCUUCAAUUCCACCAGUACCAGAUGAAGUUUUAGGUUCCUUUCCAACAAUAAACCGUUCUCACAUAUUUGAUGAAUCGAAGAUGAUCGAGGAUGAAAUUGUUUUCAAAUCGAAAUCAACUUCACUUGAUUCAUGUGAUUUGAGUUUAGUUGAAGGUAAUUUUCAAUCUACACCUAUAAUUGAUUUCAUUAGCGUCGAUGGAUCUAGCGAUGUUAAUGAGGUUCAGGAACACAAGACGUCUACAGUAUUUCUGGAUUACCAAGAAGGUAAGCCAUUCAAUUUGGGUAAUGAAUCUUGUGAUUCUGAUGUGGGUUUUCAAGUUAGAAAGGUUAUAAAUGGGGAGGUCAAGGGAAUCAGCUUGUUGAAUGAGUUCAGUGGAAAUACUUCUAGUCCUCUAGGAGUGGAGGAAAGUAAUUACAGACCUAAACUCAAAAUUGAAUUCUCUACUCUUGAUGGAGCUACAGAUUCAAUUCAGGAUUACAAGCAUCAUAUUUACACAGUUGAAGUGAAGAAGUACGAAAAUCCUUAUUACUUAAAGGAGUUAUUCUAUCUCCAAUGCCAAUUACACUGUCUGGAUUAUUCUUAUCUUCUGUGGGUCGGCGUUCGCUCCUUAUUCGAUCGUGCAUCUACUUGACGUUCUCUGGACCACUGAAUUGAAUUUUCAAUUGUCAAGGCUAGGUGGGUAUGGCUAUCCACAAGAUAUUUUUGAUGUAUAGAGUUUUAAGUGCGCAUUUCUUUCAACCGAUAUGAUGGCUGUCAUUCUUCAGGGGUUCUUAGGUAGCACAAAAUAUUUGCAGGUGUUUAAUUCAAGUGCAACAAGUGGUUCUAGUAGGUGGCUUGAGAAAUCUUCGCAGAGUGCUAUUCCUAGUAGCCCUAGAUAGGUAUUUCAAGGAGUGAAGGGUGUUAUGUUCAUGCGAAAUUGGAUGUAUGAAGAAACUGAAUUCACAUGUUACUUACAUUGCAUCUUAUGGUAUCAUGUCACUCAUGAAGAUUAUAAAAAGGAGUCGUGUAACUCAAAUUCUGCUUGUAGUAUGGAAAGCAGUUGUAUCGGCCUGUACCUAGCAGUGGGUGGCUGGACAAAUUACAAGAUAGGAUUGUGUUCAGGGACAGCAGUGGGUACUCUUAUUCUUGUUACUAUUCAGCAACACUUUAUUUGUAACAGUCAAAUGAAGACGAUUUUACAUCUUUAUAGUUGUGAAGUUUUUGGUAUGGGUUCUGGCCAGACUGAUUAUGGUGGUAAAUGGAAUGAGCUGGACAAUAUAUUAAGGACUCAGUUCUGGGUUAAUAUACUCAUUUCAGGUUCAGGUGGUGAUGGUCAUGGCAGGGCGAUAAUGUCAGAUCCUUCUUCAUACUUGGCUACAGAUUUUUAUUACCCCUUCUACUAUGUAACAUUUAUGAAUAUUUCAUUUCAUAAAAACUUAGAAGUGCGGAAUGUGAUAAUGUACAGACCUAGACAAGUGUUUCAGCCAUUAUCUCAAAACAAGUGGUGUCUUAGAGAAGUUGAACAAGAUGUUGUUGGGGUUACCAGGAGGAAUGAUCCACCUUGGUGUGGAAAUUCUCGUGAUACUUCAUUAUAUAUUGUUGGUAAAGCUAGGCGGAGAUAUAAUGAUGAGAGAGACGACUGCAUCCUAAUAACACUAGAUCUUCUGCACAAGUUCAGAGGUAAGGUUCUAUCUGCACAAUCUAUUAUAGACAGUGUGAGUUUUAUCAAUGGCUAUCAGGCCGCCACCUCAUCAAUUCUGUCAAUUAUGUUCCUUGUUGUUACGAUUGAGAAGGAUCACAGUUCUUUUAAUGCUCGAGAACAAGCUACAACAGCAGUGUUUCUCGUCCACCUUGCUUAUUUUCUACCUUCCAUCCUUGAGGACAAGGAUGAUUUGGAGGAGUGGGUAUUUGUCAUGAACCUACAGGAGGCAGACCAUCUUGGUUAUGGGCAGCCCUAUCUAGUUAUGCGCUAGGCGCCAUUAGUAGUUAUUCAUGUGAGUGGCUCGUGCUAUGCACGAGCGUAUUGUGUCAUCCAGCUUACAUAUAUGCA